UUGUAGGUAGGGGAAGUAUAGAAACCUUCAAAUCAACGGAAUCUUUCUGUAUGUUUUUGGCCAUCUAAUUUCUAGCCAGAUUCGCAAUGCAAAUAAAAGAGGCGCCUUUAAACUUCAAAUCCGUAUCUCGCUUAGGAAACUCUCCUCUUCUGCAACUCUCUGUGUUAUUACCCAACAAUGCGGUGGGUUAGCUUUGAUCCACCAUUCCCAUCAGAAGUAGAAGAGGAAAAAGUUGAUGAAAGAACUGAUAACGUUUGGGGCAUGUCUCUUCUUGAGGAAAAAGCCAUUUCGGAAGCCAUGGAAGGAGUUCGAAAGGACUUUGCGGAGCUCGGAGAAAACCUCAAGAGCAGUUUCUCUCUUUUUUCUGUUAAGAAUCUUUCGAAGCUGACUUCUAGUUUUCUGCAACUUGGAGCUGAUGAGCCUUCUGAGCAGAGGUGUGAUGAUAUGGGAGUUACAAAAGAUGUUUUGGAGUUUGCUCGCAGGGCUUCUCAGCGACCCGAAACAUGGCUGGAGUUUCUCUCUAUGGACAAGCCAUGUUCUUUUGACAAUUUUGUUUUGUCAAAUGCUCAACAAGGGCAUGCCUCAUACAUAGAACAUUUAGUUCCCGAGAUGGCAGCAGUUAAACUGGAGUUGUGCCCACAUGUUAUGAGUGAGGGACACUUUUGGAAGAUAUACUUUGCUCUUUUGCAUCCCAUCCUGAACAAGGAUGAUGCCAAGCUUUUGUCAACACCUCAGAUGGUGAAAGCCAGAGAUGUGAUGAUGCAGGGCCUUCAAAAUAGCGCAAUGCUUUAUGGGAAUGUGGACUCACGUACAAAUGACAGUGGUGGCGAUAAUGAUGAUGCUGAUGGCAAGGGAAAGUGCUGGAGUUUCAGAUUGGGGGAUUUCUCAACUGAUAGUUUUGUUGAUCUUGAGGAUGAUGAUGAUGAUGAUGAUAAUAGUAUGCGGAUGUACAUGAAUUUGAGGUUGGGAGAUUCCCCGUCUAGCAGCUUCAUUGAACUUGAGAAUAAUGGUGAUGAUGAUGAUGCCAUCAGGAAGUGCAGGAAUUUGAGGUUAGGGGAUUCUCCAUCUGGCAGCUUCAUUGAUCUUGAAGAUGAUAAUGAUGAUAGCUGGACGAUUUGCGAGAGUUCAAGAUUGGGGGAACCCCCAGCUAAGGGCCUGGUUGAUUUUGUGGAUGAUGAUGGUGAUGGCAUGGAGAAGCAUAUGAGUUUGAGAUUAGUGGAUUCCCCAUCUAUGGGUAAUUGUGAUGCAAUGGAGAGUUAUGUGGGCCGGAUGGAUGAGAGCUACUUUACGGUUAUGCAGACAGUGUCGAAGGAUAACGCGGAGGUCGGAGAUUUGAGUGAAUGGCUUAGAGUUGAUUGUCUACUGCUCAGCCAAGACUCUUCUUAGGCUGCAAACUUCUUGUCCUUGUGGUGUUGCUAUGAGGCAGAUGAUAGGAGCUCUAUGACAAGGGCCAAGGCCUGUGGGCUGCCAUAAUCUUUUGUAGGAGGGUAAUUCCUUUCUCUCCCAUUUUGAGCGACUACCAUGGUAGCCGUAGAGGUCUUUGCCUUAUUGCUUUUGAACUUUGUUUUAUCCACAUCCCUGUCGAUAGUUAUCAGCUUAGGGCCAAGACCGAACCCUUCCAUGAAGCUCUCAAGAUUCGUAGCAUUGGAAACCAAGUUGCUAAAGGUUUGAGGGUUAGAUGCUUGUAAAUGCAGUGUGAUUUCUGGUCUCAUGUUUUUGAUGUGCACAUGUGCCUCUUGUUGUAGCUUGACUUACGUUGAUGUUCUGUGAGCGAGCUAUGUAUUGUUGUACAGGUUCAGGUUCCUUUUGUUUCGUAUUGAGGAGCUUAGACAGGUAAACAUCCCUUUCAGUAUUAUGGAAGUGUGCCAAAGCCUCCUGCAUUUGUCUCUAGGUAAGCAUUGAUCCCGGGGGCAAACGAGAAUACCAAGUGAAUGCGGGUCUCGAUAGUGAUUGGGUGAACUACUGCAUUAAAAGAUUCUUUGUUGGCGUUUUCCGCACAAACUAUAUAAAGUGCGCCAGGUGUUGAUGAGGUGAACCAUGCCUAUCAAAUUUUGAAAAUUUUGGUCGUUGAUAUCCUAUUGGGAAGGGUAUUUCAUUGACAUAGGCUGGACAGGCGGGGGUCCUUUAUUGGAUGAAAGAGAUGAUAUAUCGUUGAAAUUCAAAGCGACUUUGGUCUCUUGGGGUUCCUUGUCCUUCUUACCAUCUUGUUCUUUGGUGAUCCUCAUCUCAUUACAUGAGCACACGUCAAAGUCUUCUUCCAUCCUAUUUCUCGGCAUAAGAGAUGGGAAUCUGCAAACAUCCCUUUUGAUUUGGAGGAUUUAGAGCCUUAUGUGCUUUUUGUUGUGCAUCAAGGCAUGAUUGCACACACAAAGGGUGGCACUGGGCUUGCUCAGAGAGAACUCUGGGCUUUGGGUCUACAAACCCUGCCCACAUUUCAGCCAUAAAACUAUCAUUCAAUUCAAUGACUUUUCGUGCUUUGGAAGUGGCGUGAUUGUUGAGGGCCCUACGUGCUUUUCUAAGGGCAGUUCUCACUCAUGACCUUUGUGAGCUUGCGGGGGUUGAUUUCCCAAAAUGAGGUAGGAGUUGGGUUUACCUAAGGGUUUGGCUUCCGGUCUUGGGUCACAUUGGAUAAGACGUCUAGCCGCCAGCUUAUGAUAGGUAAGUCUGACUGAGUCAGGCUCAAGAGGAUACCUGACUGUCGGUCUAUGAAUAUAAGUUGUAGGUCGAGACAAGUUAGGCUCAAGAGGAGACAUGAUCGCCAGCCUAUGAAUGUAAGUUGUAGGUUGAGGCGAGUUGAGCUCAAGACGAGACCUGACGGGCGGGUUAUGGAAAUGGUGUGUAGGUUUGAGCAAGUUAGGCUCAAGAAGAGACCUGAUUGCCGGAUCACGAAUAUAAGAUGUUGGUCCAGGCAGGUUGAGCUCAAGAGGAGACUUGACUGUGGGUUUUUGAAUAUGAUAUAUAGGUCUGAGCAAGUUAAGCUCAAGAGGAGACUUGACUGCCAGCCUUAGAUGUGAUAUGUAGGUCCGAACAAGUUAGGCUCAAAAGAAGACCUCACUGUCGGCCUAUGAGUUUUUGAUGAACAUGGUACUUGAAUAACCGCAUGUUGUAGAGCCAUAUUGGUUGAAAUUCCUUAAUGUUGGCUCGAAGAAUUCCUCGAGUGAUUAACUCGAUAUUGCUUAACGGGCACAACCCCUCAUAAAGCACACUCGACGCAAAAGUUGUUUCCAUUUCGACGUUGCUGUCACCAAUCGACACACACAUGCGAGAAUUUCCAACUUUUGCUGUUGGACUCUAAGAUUUGCAGCGGCGUGCGGGCCUACCCUACAUAUUCACAUUAACAGUUCGUGGUACAAGAAUAUCCUCAGCAACGCACCGAGUGGUGGUCUCUUGAUGGCAUUUGGACUGACAAAUACAACCCAUGGUUUGUCUUCACUUUUUUGUGGUAAGUUAGAGUAACUCGAAGAGGGCUGGUGCCUACUGAGAUUUUGACCUCAGUCUCUAUCUUAGAGUCAUUUUAACUGUAUAGCUUUGUGGUUGAUGCACCGACCCAGUCAUACCACCCAAUGAAACACGUCAGCUAAGUCUUCGUUGAGAAUACCCAUACUCAAUGCUACCAGCAAAGUGCAUGGCACACCACGAAAGAUGCCGCAGAGACAACCAUCUAAGGAUCCUUUUAACAACUUUUGUAAAGACGCAGAGGACCGAUUGUCAAAGUUAGGUAGAGAGAAAUUGAGAGAGUGACUAUCGUGAAGCCUGUGAAACUUGAUUCUAAAGAGAGAGUAUUAUUUUUUCUAAACUCUACUCAAGUUGAAGGGUGAACUCCUCCCCAGUGGAGUCGUUAGAGAUUUGAUUGUCCAGAAAUGUAUUUAUGAUAUUAUGACUCCGUACCAAAUAAAUAAACCAGAAAACUAGCACAAUUGGGGCCAAAUUCUCUCUUACGUUUCAUAUUAUGAAAACAAGAAUAAUUUUUACGUUUAUGUCGGGUACAUGAGGAGUUCCAGGAACUUUCGUCAUGUUAGAGUUUACAUCAACCCUCUAUAUGUGGUUUAAUCAGGCCUUAAAAUUUACACAUUCAUAGAUCUAAAAGAAAAAUAUUGAAACAAAUAGAGAAUAUCAAAUACCAAGGGCCAUAUUGGGGCCCAUAUACCUGAUUAUAUACAAGGGUAUUGUCCAUGGAUCUGCUCUUUCUCAAACUGAGGCUUCAAGUGGGUCAAGUAAUUAACAACUUUAUCUCUAUUUGAUGAAUUUUAAGCCAUAUAACAAAAGAUUGAACUAUUGGGGGCAUAUCUCUUGAUUGUCAGUGAAAUAAGUAUGGCAUCACUCUCUCAUCUCUUCCUCUCUCUCAUCACACAUAAAGAUGAGAAAUGUAAAUAGGCAUGAUGAAUUCAGCUCUCUCUCCUCUCAGCCCUUGAGAAAUAGGUUUAAAGAGCUUUUCUAAUGUGAUGAGGAUGAAGGUUUUGAUGAAGCAUAUAUCCAAAUCGUUAGCCAUAUCCACUCAUCUCUCAUGAUUUGGUUUGAAAUGACAAACUCAUAUCCUUGUUCGAAUUUAAAAGCACCUCCAGAUGGCUUUAAUGAUAAGAUUUGUCCUUGUUUGAUCUCGAUCUUGUCUUGAUGUUUGAAUUUGAAUGUGUAACUGUAAAGAUUCAUUGUGAUAUUCUAUGAGAAAAUCAAGGAAAGUGGUUAUUCUUAUUUGUCGUCUAUCAGUCUACAAAACAAUUUUAACAUGUCUAAAUAUUUUUAUUGUCGCUCCUGGUGACGAUUCCUUUUAUCAUGAAAGUUUGUGGAGUGACAGAGGUCUCAAAGGCGAACAAUGGUUCAAACAUCACCUCAAAUGGAUCACAAAUGAUGGAGAUAUGGCCAAUUGAAGUGCACACAUUUUUGUUGCAGAUUGCAAUAACAUAUGUGAGGAUUGUGAGCACAACCACAUGGGAUUAUAGACCCUGGGGGUAUAUGAUAAUUUUAUAAAGGGGACUAUGACAAACAUCUCCACAAAAUUUAGGUUCAAGACUCUCCAUAUAUUGAGAGAAAUCAUAUAGCGGCGACCAAGCUUUUGCAUAGUUUUUAUGGCUACUGUUGUAGAUCUCGUCACUCUCACAUGAGAGAUUGAUAGGAUGCUAUAUUUAUAUGGCUGAUAUUAAGUCAAGAAUCCAAUGGUCUAGGUCUUAUGACAUCUUACAGAUUGGGAGAAAUCACAAAUUUAAUGACCAGAGGUCAUCUUGGUUAUAUAUCUAGCAGACAAUCUAUAAGGAUAUGGCUGUCGAUAGCUACCUGAAACUUCGAGACGAGGAAUAUGAUGCCUCAAAUAUGACUUUCUAGGAGUUUCGGACCAAUCCGCAAAAUAUUUGGGGUUGUUAGUCAUGGUAUAUUGUAACCGUCGACGAAUUAUGAAUGAUGAGUCAAAUGAUGUCCAACUUGUAUGAUUCUUGGACUAACGACAUAUGAGGCCUCAUUGAACAUAUAUACAAUGGCACACCUCAAUGUGAUAUCAUAUAAUGAGGUUUCCUUGUGAACCGACUGUCAAACACUCCUUCUUUGGCAGACAACAUAUUCGAAGAGGUACCAUACCGUAUCCAAACUCUUCCAAUAUUGUGUGAAUAAACAUAUUGUGACAUUGGGAAUAUAUGAUCUAGAGUUUAUCUCAAAUUCAGAUCGGAAGAUAGUCUUUUAUGACCGGUCAUUAUCCAAGAUGCACAUAUUUGGCUAGUGACGGGUUCGAAGGUAUAUCAUACCAUAUCCAAACUCUUCCAAUAUUAUAUAGAAAGGCAAAUUGUGGCCUUAGGGAUAUAGGACCCAACGUUUGUCUCGGAUUGAGAUGGCUCGAUACCCUUUGUUAUUAUUGGUCGUUAGUUAAGGUAUCUGAGUCGACCGACCACCAGGACUCUUAAGGUAUAUAUGGGCCCUCAUAUGGUGAAUCCUACGCGCACCAUAUUCCAUUAUCAUACAAGGAGCAUGCCUCGGAAUAUUUUCCAUGAAUUAUAUCUAUUUGGUUUGUGUAGUGACCCACCGUCUGCGAAGGCAUAUCAACCUGACGUUCGUUUAAUACUUAUCUCUCGUGUCAUAUCAUCGAGCUUAUUUGCGUAUUUCUUGAAGUGUAUUUGGUCUUGUAUCAUGACUAAAAUACACCCAAUAAGUAUUGCAUCGCACGUGAUGAACGACUGGAUUAAAAUAAAUCUAAUAGAGAAGAUCACAAGUGUUUAUGGAUAUGUGAAACAUAGUCUAUGCGACUCUUUUUGUUUUUUCCACUAUAACUCACUAUCUGAUCAUCAUAGAGUUCGCUAGUUUAUGUAAUGAGCAUGAGAGAAUAAAUGAGAAAGGCUUGAGAUAGAGAUUGUAAUUGGGGGAUGAGAGUGAGGAAGAGAGAUGAGAAAGGCUUGAGAUAGAGAUUGUAAAUGGGGGAUGAGAGUGAGGAAGAGAGAUAAUAAGGCCUUCAAAGGCGAAGUAGGAAAUAUUAGGUUAUGUAGUCAUUUAAAAGCCUUAUGAGAGCAAGUGCUGAAAUUAUUAUAGUGAAAUAUUGGCUCCAAUGGGAGUGUGGUUCACAUUGAAGUAUGAGGCAUUAUUAAUGUCAAGACUCACUUGAGCUUUGAUUGGUUAUGGCUUAAUGCGAGGUUUAAAAACCCGUAGCCCUGGGCACUGUGAGCACAACCGAUAAAGGUUUCAAUGUGCGGUAACCCCAUGAUGAGGUCGGAAUUGUGCCCAAGGCAGUUGGCCAAAGACACUGGAUGUGACCCAUGUGUGUAAUGGUUGGUGUUUGGCCUAAAAGGACAAGGGCUUAGAUCCUCAUCAUUACCAUGACACAAAAUAUAUACUACAUGGCUGUCGGGAAACGACCAUUUUAGAGAAGGGUCUUUUUUGUAUACAUGUGUCAAAGAGAUGACUCCCUGUAAUACUAGACUGUGUUGGAAGGACUCAUGAAACGUAAUGUUAGAAUGAGGCCUAGACUUGUCCUCAGAGAGGGACCUAUAAUCUAUGGACUAAGAUCAUGUCUUCUUCAUUUAAUUGGCUGAUUUUAAUAGUCCAAUUAUAAAACCUUGCGAAGGGUUGUAGAUCAUGGGAACUAUUGGGCCAGUUUGAGAAGGUGCAGUAAGUUGCUGUCUCUAGAAAAGAUGAAGUCCUCAU